GUACUUAGUCCAACGAUGACCCGGAAGUUUGUCAAUCCUGUCUCAAAGUGAAACUGAAGGCAUGAAACUGUGAUUUUUCGACGGUCUGUAUCAGGAAACCACUAAAUUCAACAUGAUGUAGUCCUCUCUUCUCAGACCAGCUUAGUUCCGCAGUUUGUUCAGCAAGAUUCAACUUACUCAAAGGACACAGAGCAGCCUGUUUGGGUGCAAGAGUAAGGUCGAUGGUAAAACCGCUGCUUCGUAUACCAUGGACCUGGAGCGACAGAGGCGACAAGAGGACAUUCAGAGGGCACUGGCGUUUAUACAGUCCUCUUUGCCCUUUCCAGAGCCUGAAAGCUAUGAGGUGUUUCUGACCCAGCUCAUGUGCAACCUCCUGAAUGAGGGCAAUGCCACCUUUCGAGAGGGCGGCUGGAGGCAGUCAGCAGGGCAGUACAGCGAGGGCAUCAGCGUGGCGAACUAUGCCAAGGAAGAGGCUCUGUCCAUUCCCACUGCCCUGCUGAAGAGCCUCUACCUCAAUAGGGCAUCGGCCAACUACAGUAUGCACGAGUAUGCACAGGGGCUGCAGGACUGUGAGCGUGUGUUGGCCGUCGAGGGCAGCCAGAGGGCGCUGUACAGGAAGGCGCUGUACAGGAAGGCCCUGUGUCUGAGAGAGCUCGGUCGUGUGAGGGAGGCGUACGACUGCAGCACAGAGUGCCUUCUCUCUUCACCCCAGGACAAACAAGCGAAUGAGCUAUCGCAGGAGCUGGCCUGCAAACUGGGUCUGAAGUCUCGAAAGGCCUACACUAGCUCCCAGGACGAGUUGAGUCCAGCAGAAAGAAGUGAUGGACAUCCAGUCGCAGCCACUGAAGAGGAGGUGACGUCCAAUGGCCUUGAUUCCUUGAGUGACAUUUCUUCAGUUCACUUGUCCUUGGGCAUUCCGAUCUCAGUCAGUGAAGAAUCCUCGUCUCUUCCCAUGGGUGCCGCCGCCAAGUCUGCCGCCGAGUUUCCAGACAGACACCCGGAGUGUGUACCUCUGUCUGUCCCCGUCUCUGGGGACAUGGGGACCUGCUGCGAGGUGUUAGGGGACGAACUGGACAGCCUGCUGGACGCCUGUGUGCCCCCACUGGGCGCCUGUGGGGCUGUACCAACUCACCUCCACAUUAAACCAUCAGCGGGGCUGGCGGCUGCCUUUCCCACCCCCGUCGUCUCUGCCCCCUCACCCCCAACCCAGAUGCAUUCUGGGUUGUUCUUCAGCUCGGCGGCCAUCAGCCAGCUCAACUCUCUGGACUCAUUCUCCGGGCCCGGUCUGGCCUCUGCCUGCAGGAAGCUGGAUGCCCUGGACACCUUCUCUCCUCCUCUGGGCGCUCGCUCGCACCCUCGCUCGCUAGGACCAGCACUGGCGGUGGGGGGAGAAGGACUGGACUCCCUCUCUGAGUUCACCCUGCCUGGUGGUGCUAAAGUGUCGCAUAGUUUUCUGUCUUCAUUACGGACUCCGAAACCUCCGACCACAUAUAAUGGUCAGGUGAUCUCUAAACUCUCCCUGCUCUCGCGGAACCCUCUAGAAGCCACACAUGAAUUCCUUCAGGCAUGCGUUAUCUGUUACGUGAAGAACGGCCCAGGACUGCUGGACCAUCAGUACCAGCCGGAUCAGGCCCAUGACUGUGGGCAGAACCUCCUGCUGUGCCGGAGGAAGGGUGCGGAGGAUCCGUCCUGGAAGAGGCUCCGCCCCCGUCCGGCACGCAGGAACUUCAUGGGAGCCUUUGUGCUUUGCAAGGAUGUGCAAGAACGUCAGGAGUGUAAGUACGGGGAGAACUGCACCUUUGCGUACUACCAGGAGGAGAUUGACGUGUGGACGCAGGAGCGGAGAGGCACCCUGAUCAGAGAGCUGCUCUUCACCCCGCUGGGCUCCACUGGCACACACACACACACACACACACUCACCAUCAGCCAGCUGCUGCAGAUCCACACCGGCAUGUUCAUGUUCCUCUGUGAGGAAUGUUUUGACAGUAAGCCCCGCAUCAUCAGUAAACGCUGCAAAGAGAAGAUGACUGUCUGCUCCAACCUGAGCGCUCACCACGGGUUUGACCACAACAAAUGUUUAGUGCACGUGGAGAAGACCAACGGCAUGGUGCGCUACACGAAGAUCCGCCCACUGCGCCCCCCUUGCCAGUUCGACGUGUGUCGGCACGAGGCACGGUGUGGCUGCCAGCGCGAGGACAGCUGCUCCUUCGCCCACUCCAUCAUCGAGCUCAAGUGCUGGGUGCUGCAACACAGCUUUGGCACCACCCAUGAAGAAGUCGUUCAAGAGUCCAAGAGGCACUGGCACAAGCAAGAGCAGGUCCUGAAGAGACAGAAGCCUGCAUAUUCUCCAGCUAAGCCGCCAGCCGCCCCCGCCAACAGGGACGACAGCCCCCCGUCUGCGGGAGGAAGUACGGCCCUUGCCGCCGCAGGAGGAAGUGUCGGCGCGUCCCGAGGGCGGAGCUUGAACAUGAAGAUGAAGUUCGUGUGCGCUCAUUGCUGGAGGGACGGUGUGGUCAGCGAGCCGGACAGGGCGCUCAAGUACUGUCUGGCCAAAGCCCGCCACAGCUGGAUUAAGGAGCGACGGGUGCUUCUGGUGAAGGCCUUUGAGAAGAAGAAAUGGAUCAUGGUCAGACCUCCUCCCUUCUCUAGGAACCACCCUCAGAAAUAUGACAUAUGCGUCCAUGUGCUAAACCAGAGGAAGUGCCACUACAUUGGGAACUGCUCCUUCGCUCACAGCCAGGAGGAGAGGGACGUGUGGACCCACAUGAGGGCCGAAGGCUUGCAGGACAUGCAGCAGAUGUAUGACAUGUGGCUGACGAUGACCAGUCCGAACCACGAGCCAAACAACACCCCCCUGCACCAGCGGAGUGAUGAGAAGCACAUCGCUAUGCCGACGGAUUAUGCCGAGCCAAUGAGUGGCUUCCACUGUCGACUCUGCGGGAAGCACAGUAACAGCGAGCGCCAGUGGCAGCAGCACAUCGCCACGGAGAGGCACAAGGACCGCCUGUUCAGCUGCGAGGAGGACGAGGAGAGUCUCGACUGGAUCUGCCGCUUCCCCGGGCUCCACUUCUCCCUCUGCCGCAGGUCGGAUGACCUAUGUCCAGAGGGGGAGGCGUGUGAUUUUGCCCACAGUGAGGAAGAGCUUCAGGAGUGGCACGAGAGGCGGGCUCUGAUGCGGCGGAAGCUGGCCAAGGCUCGGACCGACAUGCUGAUCGCGCCGACCGACUUCAACUUCGGGAAGUACAACUUCCUCUUGAGGGACUGAGGCAUCCUUCAGGAUGCAUAUUCAUUCAUUCAUUUCGUACGCACAUACAUGCACCUACAUGCACGAACACAUGCAGCAUGCAUACAUCCGUAUGCUACCAUCAAAAUGGUUUUUCAGAAGCACUAAUUAACUGCCCCCUCACUUGAUCAUAGAUCAGUCAAAUCUAAAUACACAAUGAAAUUGCACCCUGAAAACAUUAACAAAAUGAAGUGUUCACAAGAUAAUCUGAAUUUCCCCUAAUCUAGCUACUAGUUAGAAAACAGUGUUUUGUUAACCACCCCCCCCC